AUGGACGAGGCCAAUUUCGAGACUGGAGAUAUGUUCCAGGAACCUGAGGGGUUCUACCCCGACGAACCAGAGCCCACGUUCGCUGAGCACACUAUGCUGUCGGGCCAGACGGUGCGCGUGCGACUCGUCGGCAGCCACCCGCUCUACGUACGUCCAAAGAAUCCUCAAUUGCUCGAUCGCUUCGCUGACUGUCGUGGAUGCAAACAGGGCAAUUUGCUUUGGAACGCCGGUCGAACCAGUGCACACUAUAUUGAAGAACGAACCGAAGAGCUUAUCCGGGGCAAGGAGGUUCUCGAGAUCGGCGCAGCGGCGGGCGUCCCCAGCAUUGUGAGCGCUAUCCAGGGUGCCCGCACUGUCGUCCUGACCGAUUACCCCGACCCCGACCUCGUUCAGAACAUGCAAUACAAUGCAGACCUGGCGGUCGACCAAAUCGUCAAGGGCCCCGACUCCCGCAACCCGCUGCAUGUCGAUGGCUACAAAUGGGGUAACCCCGUGGAACCACUGCUGGCGUACAUUCCUCCCUUGGCGGAUGGGACUGCGCCCACUGGGUUCGAUGUGUUGAUCAUGGCGGAUGUGAUUUACAGCCACCGUGAGCAUGGGAAUCUGGUCAAGACUAUGCAGCAAACCCUCAAGAAAAAUGCGGAGUCGGUUGCAUUGGUGAUCUUCACACCGUACGAGCCUUGGUUGUUGCCCCAGACAGAACGAUUCUUCCCAUUAGCGGAGGCUGGGGGCUUCACUGUGACUAAAAUCUUCGAGAAGCUCAUGGGCGAUGUUCUCUUCGAGAAUGAUCCUGGUGUAGGUAGCCCCGUCUUGUCUACUAAUUUGCCCCGCGAUAAACAUUGA